CAAGUCAGAAAACAGCCCCUCCUCCGCACAGCAAUCCCAGAUUUAACUCCAGGUGCGCCUGUUCAUAGUGUCUGUGUUCAAACCAUAUCCCUCACAUGGGUGUGCAUGAUCACCUCAGGUCAUUUUUGCACCCCAUGAAACACAUGGUUCUUGUACUGAGGAAGUGAUAGACUUUAGGACACGUACACACCUAAGCUGUGGAUGGGAAUCCGUUGUCCAUAAACCACAAUCUGAAGGGUCUAAAUCUAUAUUUGGUCUGGGAAGUCCACAAGUGAGAGCUUAUAUAUAUAUAUCCGUGGCUUAACCGCUUUUUGUUGUUUUUAGUUGUUGUGGGUACUGUAUUUUAAACAUAUUAAAGUGCAAGUGUUGCAUUUAGGAGGACAAAAAGUGUGGGUGCUUUACAGGAAACCUGCUUGCAUCGCCCAUAGACCCAUCCCAUUUGUGUGAGUGACAGCCAAAAGCAGACAGGGUGAGUGGGAGAAAGAGUGAAUGAGAGAGAAAGACAGGUUGAGCGCAUGCACACUUGUAGUUCAAAACUAAGAGCAUGCGGCGGACUCUUUCACUCUGCUGUUUAACACAGGGGUCACUGGUUUCUGCUCACAGGAUAAUAUGAUGUUGUGAAGACGUUUUCAUCUGAGCUCAGUGCUUAAGGAAAUGCUAAUAAGAUUGAUUCACGGCAUCAGGGGUCUGUCCUGAAUGUGUUCAGCAAUCAACGGUGUAUUUCCCCUGAGGAUCAGCUGUGAGGGACUGGCAAACCCAGGAAGACUGCAUGGGGAGGUGUCGAUGUCCACCAAUGUCACUGGAUUCCGGGCACAUCGUUCCCCCCAGCAUUUGGAGAUGGACUUGGCCUGGCAGGAACUGAUGGCCAUCACAGAUCUUCAGGAGUUUGAGGUACCCAAUGAGAAUCCCUUUGAAGCAAUCCCAUACCUCUCAAUGGAGCCCAUGGUUUCUCAAGGGGGGUUCGGGAUGAGUCAAGCUCAGCCGGAAACCAUUCCAGCUGCUUGUGACGCCCAUCAUGAUGGUGUUUAUGAAAACGCAUACCCAGAAAUUAUGCCACCCUAUCAGCGUUUGAACCCACACAUGGAUAUGCACUACAGCCACGGUUCCCCCAGAACGCUUGCGAAUACGCAAGCUCUUCAUCCACCACUCAUGAGUCUCUUGGAGCACAUGAACAUGGCAACACGCAAUCAUGGGCUUGCGAAAGACGGCGUUAUCAACCUUCAUGGCACAGGACAAAUCAAACAAGUUUGCACGGAUGAUCUGGAGUCAGAUUCCGGUUUGUCGCUUGGUUCAAGCCCGCCGCUCGCUUCUCCUGAGAAUGGGGUGCAUGGAGUACCUACGUACUUACCUGCAGAUGGUACGAUGGGCUAUGCUGAAGGUCAGUUCGAAAGCAUUGGGGAACAGUGUCGCAUGCGGCCUACUCUGCUCGGGUCUGCUGACUACCAGCAGCCCUACAGCUCAUACCCUGGAGCAUCUUUUCCCACAGCUGCAAAUAUGCAAGCUAUCAACCAGCAGACUUACCAACCACUGGCAGUUUUACCCACAGCACUGCAUGAUCAGCUAAAUAGCUCAGGUUUAACCAGGUUAGGUUCAUAUCAGGCUCCGUACCCAAAGCCAAAAUCAAACUGUGUUUCUGUACCCCUGAGCAGAGAUGAGCGGCGAGCCCUCGCUCUAAAAAUCCCAUUCCCCCUGGAGAAGAUUGUGAACCUACCCGUGGAUGACUUCAACGAGCUUUUGACCCAAUUCACACUGAGCGACAAUCAGAUGGCACUCGUGAAGGACAUUCGCAGACGAGGCAAGAACAAAGUAGCAGCUCAGAACUGCCGCAAACGGAAGUUGGAGAAUAUUGUGCAUUUAGAACACGAGUUGGGACAACUUAGAGCUCAAAGAGAACAUUUAACCAGAGAAAGACUGGAGUUUCAGCAAAACCUAGCCAUUAUCAAAUGUCGGCUCUCAGAUCUUUACACCCAAGUGUUUUCACAGCUACGUGACGAAGAGGGACACCCAUAUUCAAUUGAUGAGUACUCACUACAACAAACUAAUGACGGCAACAUUUACUUGGUGCAACGGAAUACAGUACUGGAGGGUGAAUGAUUUUGAAGGGUUUAAGGCCGGGGACACUGGCUGUGUGGUGUAAGCGUCUCAGCUGUGUGGUGUGUCCGUUUUUAUUUCGGCUCCCUUGUUAAAGGGAUAGUUCACUUUGAAAUUAAUUUUUGAUAUGUUUUAGCUU